AACAAAAACGCCACGAAUCCGGCCGGCCUCACCGAGCGCGUUCGUCGUCACUCAUUCGUGUUUAUUUCGGAAUUCGCACCGUACGGCUUUGGGUGUGUCUGUGUCGCAGGAAUAAAAUAAAAGCAUCACCAUGAGCGGACAGCAGUAUUACCCCUACAAGUGCACCCCGACGGUUUACCCCGCGGAACCCUUCGACCCGGUGGCCGACGCGGAGACCCUCCGCAAGGCUAUGAAAGGCUUCGGCACCGAUGAGAAGGCAAUCAUCGACGUCCUCUGCCGCCGCGGCAUCGUUCAGCGUCUGGAGAUCGCUGAAACCUUCAAGACCAACUUUGGCAAGGACCUCAUAAGCGAACUGAAGAGCGAACUCAGCGGUAACCUCGAGAAUGUCAUAGUAGCUCUAAUGACCCCCCUACCUCACUUCUACGCCAAGGAGUUGCAUGACGCAGUCGCCGGGCUCGGCACUGAUGAAGAAGCCAUCAUAGAGAUUCUGUGCACCCUCUCCAACUACGGCAUCCGCACCAUUUCUGCUUUCUACGAGCAACUAUACGGCAAGAGUCUGGAAUCAGAUCUCAAAGGUGACACAUCGGGUCACUUCAAACGUCUCUGCGUAUCGCUAUGUAUGGCCAAUCGCGAUGAGAAUGCUGGCGUCGACGAAGGUGCUGCCAAAGCUGAUGCAGAAGCUUUAGCGCAGGCUGGAGAAGGCCAAUGGGGCACCGAAGAAUCCGUCUUCAAUUCCAUCCUUAUCACACGCUCUUAUCAACAGCUAAGACAGGUGUUCGCUGAAUACGAAGCGUUGGCAGGCAAAGACAUCGAAGAAACAAUCAAAAAGGAGUUCUCUGGAAGCGUUGAGAAGGGAAUGCUUGCUAUUGUAAAAUGUGUAAAGAGCAAAGUCGGUUUCUUCGCGGAGCGUCUCUACUACUCGAUGAAGGGUCUCGGUACCAACGAUAAGACUCUCAUCAGAAUCGUUGUCAGUCGUUCAGAGAUCGAUCUCGGCGACAUCAAACAGGCGUUCCUGGACAAAUUCGGCAAGCCCUUGGAGGAGUGGAUCGCUGAGGAGGUAGAUGGUUCACUCGGUCAUCUCCUAUCUGCAAUGGCUUAUUAAGCCUUCUACAGACUAAAGACAAUUUACACACGCCAUGCUACAUUGUAUAACCUGUGUGGUGUGACCUUAUUUAAUCUGUACCCUAUAUACAAUUUACAAAUGGUACGAUUUACUUACUGUUGCAUUUUUAAACGUUUAUUAUUUUAAGUUAUAUUAAUUAAAUUAAUACACUGAUGAUUGAUUUGUAAUCUCAUGCUAUAAUCUCGAUUGCACGUUGUGUGAUGUAUCAAUAGAAAUUAUGGGCCAGUUUCUUUUUUUUUUUAAUUUUUUGUUACUUUUGCAAACGCUACAGUGUUCGAUUUUUCGGUAUCUUUGCAGGACGACCUUGAUGGUGACUUCAAGAAUGUGCUAGUCACACUUAGUGCUUAAAUCCUGCAAAAUAAUUGUAUUGUUUGCGUGUAACUUGUUUUAACUUUUUAAAUGUUUUGUGCAUGUAUACAAAAUUAGUACUAUAACAGAUGUGAAUGUAAUAUUUUGCAGGAUGAUACGAAGGGCGACUACAAACGGGUGUUACUCACUAUUGUUUCAUAAGAAAAUGCAUAAUAAGACUUCAAAUUGUACGAAUAUUUGUAUUGCACUUGCAAAGCUAAGUUCCGAUAUGAAACUGCCUUUAUUAUAUACUGUUGAAAUGUUAUAGAAAUAAAAGCUUGAUAUUUUUGUGAAAAUGAGAUAUUUAUUGGUGCUGUAGUUUUGUUUACGAUGUAUUAUAUGUAUUUAAAUACAUUAAUAAUAAAACUAUGUAUGUUCCAA